GCCGCACUUUUCGCCUGGCAGCAGGAGCGCCGCGCGCGCUCACUCCCCUGCUCUUUUUUCUUUCUUCUUCUUCUUCUUCUCGCCACGAACAGUUCUGCGGAAAGGAAGUUAUCAGACGGCGUCUCGGGACGCGGAGCUUCCAAAGAGAAGAGGCGGAGUCUGAACUUAAAGUCAGAAAAGCGGCGAUCGCCUCCAGUCGGCGGGCCCGCAAACAUGAUGAUGAUGCCUCUGAACGGCAAGCAGGCGUUCAGCCUGGCCGAGCACAAGUACUCGAGUCUGCACUCGUCCUCCUCAUCCUCCACUCUGACUUCGAGCGCGCCGUCCUCCUCCUGCUCCUCUUCCUCCUCCUCCUCCUCCAGACACAGCAGCACCAUCAGCAUCAGCAGCUCCAUCAGCAGCACCAUCAGCACCAUCAGCAGCUCCUCCAGCGGCUCCGAGGCGAUGCGCCGCGCGUGUCUCCCAACCCCGCCGAGCAAUAUAUUCGGGGGUCUGGAUGAGAGCUUGCUGGCGCGCGCCGAGGCUCUCGCGGCGGUGGAUAUAGUGUCUCAGACCAAGAGCCACCACCAUCAUCACCCUCCUCACCACAGCCCCUUCAAGCCGGACGCGACGUACCACACCAUGAACACGAUCCCGUGCACCUCCUCUUCGUCGUCCUCCUCCUCCGUGCCCAUCUCUCACCCCUCGGCGCUGUCGGGCCACCACCACCAUCACCACCACCAUCACCACCACCACCAGCCGCACCAGGCUCUGGAGGGCGAGCUCCUGGACCACAUCACCCCCGGACUGGCACUGGGGACCAUCUCGGGACCGGAUGGCUCUGUGGUUUCGACCCCAGCCCACCCUGCCCACAUGGCGGGAAUGAACCACAUGCACCAGGCGGCCCUCAACAUGGCCCACGCGCACGGGCUCUCCUCCCACAUGAGCUGCAUGAGCGACGUGGACGCAGAUCCCAGGGACUUGGAAGCCUUCGCGGAGAGGUUCAAACAGCGGAGGAUCAAACUCGGAGUGACCCAGGCGGACGUGGGGUCGGCGCUCGCCAACCUGAAGAUCCCGGGCGUCGGAUCCCUCAGCCAAAGCACCAUCUGUAGGUUCGAGUCCCUCACGCUGUCGCACAACAACAUGAUCGCCCUGAAGCCCAUCCUGCAGGCCUGGCUCGAGGAGGCGGAGAAGUCGCACAGGGAGAAGCUCAACAAGCCCGAGCUCUUCAACGGGGCCGAGAAGAAGAGGAAGCGCACGUCCAUCGCGGCCCCGGAGAAGCGCUCCCUGGAAGCGUACUUCGCCAUCCAGCCGCGUCCCUCCUCCGAGAAGAUCGCGGCCAUCGCCGAGAAGCUGGACCUCAAAAAGAACGUGGUUCGGGUGUGGUUCUGCAACCAGCGCCAGAAGCAAAAGAGGAUGAAAUACUCUGCGUGUGUGUAGCUCGAAGGAAGGAAGGAAAGAAAGAAAGAAAGAAAGAAAGAAAGAAAGAAAGAAAGAAAGAAAGAAAAAGAAAGAGGAGACUUGUAGCCUACAGUACUGUACCGUGUAGAGACUGCCGGAGACGGGGGCUCCAUCUGUAUCAUAAUGUGUCCACCGUCCCCCACCUACCUUUUCAAUCAUGGACAACUUCCACAUCAGAGUUCUUAUAUAAGCUGGACUUGACUGUGACUGAAAAUGAAAUUUUAAAAAAAAGGAGAAAAAAAAAAAAA